AUGAACGAUAUAAACGCGUUAUCAUUCCGACGCGGGACAAUAAAAGGGCAAUUAACAAAGUUCUCAAAUGCCGUCAACAAUUUUUCUAAAGACGACGACUUAAUUCAAUUAAUGGUUAAAAAAGAAAAAAUUGAAGAAGGCUGGACAGAAUUUCAAAAUAUACAGUCCACUAUCGAACAAAAGUCCAUUAACCCAGAAAAUGAAGAAUUGUACCGGGACGAAUUUGAAAAUUUAUACUACACAGCCGUAGCUGGUUAUAUAAGACUAGUAGAAAAAUACAAAAAAGUCGAAGGGCCGAGCUCGGUUCAGGUCUCAAAUGAGAUCGAAAACAAUGCAGGUCAAAGCGUUUCGAGUGCGAGAUCUAGUGUGAGCAAUCAAGCCUCCAUUGUGAAAUUGGCAGCCUUAAACGUACCAAAUUUUAGUGGCGAUUACAAACAAUGGUCGACAUUUAAUGACAUGUUUACUGCACUAAUCCAUUCAAACGAAGCACUCACAGAUAUACAAAAAUUUUUCUAUUUGAAAUCGGCGUUGUCUGGCGAUGCCGAAAAGGUUAUUCAAUCGUACGAAACCUCGGCAAAAAAUUAUAUAGUAGCGUGGAAUUGCUUAAACGAACGGUUUAAUAAUAAAAAAAUAAUCGUCCAAACGCACACUAAAGCAAUUUUCGAUUUGGAACCCGUCACCAAAGAAAAAUCAUCAAAAUUACGACAAUUUAUGGACUUAUUGUCGGGACAUAUGACAGCACUCAAAUCACUAGGUUACGACCCAAAAAAUUGGGGACCAAUGCUGUUACAUAUAAUUUCGACAAAAUUAGAUGGUGCUACAUUAAAAGAAUGGGAAACACAAGCGCCAAAAAAGGAAGUGCCCGAAGUUGACGAUCUGUUAACCUUUUUACAAAACAGAUUUCAAAUACUGGAAGCCGUAGAAGGUGCACAAAAUAUAAAUUUAGCAGACACACAAAAUAAGCAGAAAUACAACAAAGUCGAAAAAGCAAAAAAAACUAUAUCCCAUACUAGCACCAACAAAUUUAAAUGUUAUUUUUGUAAUGAAGGUCAUCCGAUCUAUCGCUGUAUGAAAUUUCUCGCGUUGUCAGUAAACGAUAGACUGCAACAGGUAAAUAAAUUGGACAUAUGCAAAAAUUGUUUGUCUCGACACGCAGACAACAAAUGUAAAUUUAAAGGAUGCAAAAAAUGUGGUAAGUUACAUAAUAACUUACUGCACGAGCAAAAUGACAUAACGCCCGUACCGCCGUCAUGCACCGUGACUACGCACGCGGCUCCGUCGGCGGACGUCCACGUAUUGUUAUCUACCGCAAUAAUACGAAUAUACGAUAAGUUUAAUAAACCUGUAUUAGCAAGAGCGUUGUUGGACUCCGGAUCGCAAUCAAAUUUUAUAACAAAAGAGUUAUCAAACAAACUCGGGCUAGCACAUAAAAGCAUUAAUUGCGAAAUAACCGGGGUAAACAAAUCAAAAAGUUAUUCCACGCACUCUGUACUAACAAAAAUACAGUCGAGGUCAGCCGAAAAUCAGUAUAUGUUAAAUUUUCUAACUGUACCAAAAAUUACAACGUUUCUACCAACCGAAAAAAUAAACACGUCAAACUGGGACAUACCACAACACAUUCAAUUUGCCGACCCGUCGUACGCUCAGCCAGGGAAGAUAGAUAUUUUGUUAGGUGCCGAAAUAUUCUAUGAUGUUUUACGCACAGGUCAGUAUAAACCUAUUAUAAAUGGUCCCAUGUUUCAAGAGACAGCAUUUGGUUGGAUAGUAGCCGGUCCCGCCAAGAGCGAAAAUAAUUGCACAGUGCAUUCUUUCUUUCUAAACGUGACGCCGGCCAGGCCGAGCUGUUUUGACCUGAACGAUAAAAUUACCAAGUUUUGGGAAUUAGAAGAAGUACCGAAAGAAAUAGUUUAUAGCUCCGAAGAAAAAAUGUGUGUAGACCAUUUUAACAAAUCAGUAAAAAGAAAUGGUGAAGGUAGAUUUGUUGUUCGAUUACCGUUACGCGAAAAUAUAAAUACCUUAGGUGCAUCGCGUUCAAUAGCUUUAAAACGUUUUUUAUCUUUAGAAAAUAGGUUUCGAUCGAAUCCCAAAUUAAAACAAAAAUACGUCGAGUUUAUGGAAGAAUACGCGAACCUCGGUCAUAUGGAAAGGGUAAACCCAGGUGAAAAAGAAGAAAAGUCGUAUUAUAUACCUCAUCACGCGGUUUUACGCGAUAGUAGCGCUACCACCAAACUACGCGUCGUAUUUGACGCGUCGUGUGCAACCGAUUCCGGAAAAAGUUUAAAUGAUUUGCUACUAAAGGGGCCAAACAUUCAAGAUGAAUUAAUAUGCAUUAUUGCACGUUUCCGAUCAUAUAAAUACGUCAUGUCGUCAGACAUAGAAAAAAUGUAUCGCCAAAUUUGGGUGUCGAACACCGAUGCAAAUCUUCAACGAAUCCUAUGGCGCUCAAAACCGGACGAGCCGAUCACCGAAUUCAAAUUAAAAACAAUUACAUACGGAACAACGCCAGCUUCCUAUUUAGCUACGGGAUGUUUAAUGAAAUUGGCAGAAGAAAUGCAAGAGUUAUUUCCGGUUGCUCAUAAAGCAAUCACUAAUGACUUCUACAUGGACGAUUAUCUGGGCGGCGCUAACGAUAUAACGGCCGCCGAAAAAUUGCGCGACGACGUUAUCAAUAUUUUAAACACCGCCGGUUUCAAAUUACGUAAAUGGAUUGCUAAUGAUCAUCGAUUAUUAGAAAAUAUAUCAAACGAGGACAAUGACCCACUGCGCGUUCUAAAUUUAGACGAUAGCACUAUAAAAACAUUAGGUCUGUUUUGGAAUCCGUCUGACGACGUUUAUCAAUAUAAAGUAGACGAUAAUUGCAAAAACAAUACAGAACGAAUUACAAAACGUAUAGUGUUAUCAAUGAUAGCGACUAUAUUCGACCCACUUGGUCUCGUCGGACCCGUUGUCGUCGUCGCCAAAAUAUUUAUGCAAAAAUUAUGGUUAGCACGUAUAAAUUGGGAUGAUCUUGUAAGUACAGAACUAAACGAAGAAUGGCAAAACUAUCAACAAACGUUGCCAGAACUUGAAGAAAUCCACAUUCCAAGAUGGAUAAUUGGUUGUUCUAACGUCUUAGUCACACAAAUACACGGUUUUGCUGACGCGUCGACAAGAGCAUUCGGCGCGUGUUUAUACACGCGGACUACAGACGAAUUGGGCAAUCACUAUUCCAGGCUUAUAGUCGCAAAGUCAAAGGUAGCUCCAUUAAAAGUAGUCUCUUUAGCACGUUUGGAAUUAUGCGCAGCCGUUCUGUUAGCUCGACUAGCUGAUAAAAUAAUACCGCGAUUAAAUAUUACGAUACACGAAAAACGCUUUUGGUCUGAUUCGACCAUAGUGCUAGCAUGGAUAAAUUCGCCUUCAACACGUUGGAAAACAUUUGUAGCACAUCGAGUCGGUGAAAUUCAAACGUUAACAGCUGCAGCAGAGUGGGGAUACGUCAAAUCAAGCGACAAUCCGGCAGAUAUAAUUUCACGCGGUUGCAGCCCAAAGCUAUUAAAAGACAAUACUUUGUGGUGGGAAGGUCCAGUUUGGUUUAAAUCAAAUGAAAAUGAAUGGCCUAAAUCCUCGAUCGACGAAUUAUCGCUGAACACCGAACUUCCGGAGAUAAAGCGUAAACCGGCCAAACGCGCUGCCAUGCCAGUGACUGAUGACUAG